ACACUAAUGCUGAGACAGUAAAGCUCUUCUACUGAUUUAACACAGCAGCGAGAUGUAUCCAAAAAUGGUGAAUUAUCCCUUUAAUGUUGGUGUUGAUUUGUUUUCCCCACUCAUCUUUAGAUGGUUCAGAACUGUCAGUGAUGAGGUAGACAACAACUAGAUUUAAAGAUACAAGUGUUGAGUGUUUCCUCACUGCGGUCCGAGCUGUCCCGUCACAGUGGAGAGAAACACUGAAAUAUCUGCUGAACAGCAAUGAAGGAGACGUAAUUACUGCUUCAACCACAUUCAGUUCUCAAAUCACCACGAUGUUGGUGUGAAAACUUAACAAAGACAUUUCUUUCUACUAGAUAUCACUAAGAAUUGGUCUUCUGCUAUUAAACACAGAAGAAAUCAUUGGAAAGAUUGCAGUUAAUGAUGAUGUCGCAGGUCCUGCUCAGCACACUUCAGUUUAACAGCCUUCUACUCUGCAGAGGGAGGAGAGUGACAGCUUAUCUUCCAGUGCUGCUGUUUGUUAUCGUGAUGACAGCAGAAGGAGUUCAGGCACGUCGGCUCGUCACAGCAAGCUCAAACACAGCAGCUGGUCUCUGAGUGGACUCUUCAUCCUUUUCAGUCUGUGACAUUCUCAUUACCAUCACUCAACACUGUGCCAAACCACCUCAGUGUGAGCUGAAGGCUAAUGCCACUGGGAGGUGCAGCUCCGAAGCCGUUUGUUGGGAUCCUGAACAUCACGGAGUACAGGGUGCAGCUGAGGUGUGAGGUCAGAGGUGCGUCUCCGAAGCCUAGAGUGGAGUGGAGGGACAGCCAUGGAAACAUCCUUCCUGCUGAGCAGCCACAGGUGUCACACAGAGACGGCCGCUAUGACAUCACCCUCCUCACCACGGUGACCAGGACAAACACCAACAUCUUCCACUGCGUGGCCACACAGGAGGAGAUCGGCCAUGUGACUGAAGAAGAGAUCCACGUUCCAGAUCAGCUGUUCGAGUCCUGCGAUGGAGUCGGUGUGAUCGUUUCUGUAUUUGCUUCUGGAUUCUCUGUCGCUGUGUUUGCGUCUCUGUUGCUGUUCUCAGCUUGUAUUAAAUGUUGUUGAUAACAGACAGCAGAUACUUUCAUCUGUAUUUUUUAUUCUCUGCUCUUCUGUUUCCUCUGGUUUUAAGGCUGAUAUGUUAUUUAUACCAACAUUGUAUUAAUGAAAAAUAAAGUUGGGUAAAUGA